GUGACAGAUGGGCUUUUGUGUGAAAUCUACGACUCACCACCAACAUGACCUCCAGCGUCACACGUAGAGUAACGUUGGUGCGUAACGUUACGGGUGGGAGUUGUCUGGUGAAACGCAUUGUUGUGUUGGGGGAUGAGCCGUUCGUAGUGCUGCUGCUGUUAGUGCUAUUUGCUAUCUGGUCGACUGUGGCUAACCAGUAACUCUAGCUAGCCUAUGAAUGGCCCACAAAGCAAAUAAUUGUGUGUUCUCCGUAGCAUUUAAUAUCGAAACUCCACAGACACCAAGCAGGCAUCUUUCUCUUUUUAUCAGUAUCUGAAAAGACCCCAGUACCGCCCGUUGGAUGAGAACACUGUGUUCGGAAUUAGAGCCACUUAGCAGGCCGUAUCGCCAUUGCUUUGUAAGGCUGCUGGCUAGCUACCGUCUUCAACUAGCAAAACUGUUGGUGAUUCCGAGCAACACGGAGCGUCAAGAUGAAGAAGAAAGCUCGGCAGCACCGGGUUGCGGUGCCGCAGAGGCCACCAUCUCCCAUCAAGCCUUCCCCCAACAAGCAGAUCUUGACUUAUGCCCAGGCGCAGCGCUUGGUGGAAUUCGAUAUCGAUGGCCGCAUCCAUCGGAUAAGCAUAUAUGACACGCUGGACGUGAUCUCGGAUGAUGACCCCAUGGUGCAGGAGAUGAUGGAGUGUACUAGCAACAAGGAGAACGCAGAGAAACCACAGCAACAGGUCCUCUUGAGGUCAGUGAGACUAAAAAACAACCAGGAAAAGAGAAACGCUGCACUGGGCAUCACAGGUCACGGAGAGGCAGGUGGACGUCAUGCCGGCGUUAAUGCCGGUCCAAAGCUUCCAGAACCUAAAUUCCGUACAGUGGAAUAUAAUCUCCCAGCAGUUCCUAAGCGUCAAGCUGCCUUUUAUAAAUACACGGAGAAGACGGAGGAAGAGCUGGAUGAGGAAACAGAGUAUGACAUGGAUGAGGAAGAUUAUGCCUGGCUGGAUUUGGUCAAUGAAAAACGAAGAAGUGAAGGGGUCGGUCAGGUCUCUCACAACGUCUUUGAGUUCCUUGUUGACCGCUUCGAGAAAGAGUUGUACCUGGAGAGUCUGGAUAAAGACAGUGAAAAGCAAGCUCCUGUUGAUGAGGAUGCCGUCUGCUGCAUCUGCAUGGAUGGAGAGUGUCACAACAGCAACGCUAUCCUGUUUUGUGAUAUGUGCAACGUGGCUGUGCACCAGGAAUGUUACGGUGUGCCCUACAUUCCUGAGGGCCAGUGGCUUUGCAGACUCUGCCUCCUGUUACCCACCCGGCCCGCAGACUGCAUACUUUGUCCGAACAAGGGUGGAGCAGUGAAAAAGACAGAUGAUGACCGCUGGGGCCAUGUGGUGUGCGCCCUCUGGAUUCCUGAGGUCGGCUUCUCCAACACCACCUUCAUCGAACCCAUCGAUGGUGUCAGCAACAUCCCUCCAGCCCGUUGGAAGCUCACCUGCUACAUCUGCAAGGAGAAAGGUGUUGGGGCGUGUAUCCAGUGCCACAAAGCAAACUGUUACACCGCCUUCCAUGUCAGCUGUGCCCAAAAGGCUGGCCUCUUUAUGAAGAUGGAGCCAAUCAAAGAGGUAACAGAAACAGGAGAGCCCACAUUCUCUGUGAAAAAGACAGCCUACUGUGGAGCACACACACCCAACGGGUGUGUAAGGAGGCCUCUUACAAUCUAUGAUGAUGCCAAACCCAAAAAUGGACUAUGUAAGAAAGGCCGAGGCACUGGUAAAGGACAGUCAAAAGGAAAGAAGAAGAGUAAGAGUAAGAAGCCUGAGCCUGAUUCUGAAAGUGAAGCUGCAACCCCAGCUACUGUGCCUACUUUUCCUGCUCACAGGUUACAAACCAUUUUGAACCAGGUGUCAGUACAGAAGAAGAAAACAUUUGUGGAGCUGGUCCUAAAUUACUGGACACUAAAGAGGCAAUCCAGGAAUGGGCUUCCCCUCAUCAGACGCCUUCAGACAAGCCUGCAGUCUCAGAAGAAUGCACAGCCGGUUUGUUCAUCUAGACAGAACGAGGAGGAGAGCAGGGCACUGAAGGAGCAGUUGAAAGAAUGGCAUCGCCUCCGACACGACCUGGAGAGAGCCCGCCUGCUGCUGGAGCUAAUCCGCAAGAGGGAGAAACUCAAGAGAGAAGAGAUUAAACAGCAGGAAACCCUCCUAGAGAUGCAGCUGACACCCUUCAGUAUUUUGCUCAGAGCCCUAUUGGACCAGCUCCAGGCAAAAGACCAGGCCAGGAUCUUCACCCAGCCAGUUGAUGUCAAUGAGGUGCCUGACUACCUUGACCACAUUAAACACCCAAUGGACUUCUCCACCAUGCGGCAACGCAUAGAUGCGCAGGGCUACAACAACUUGGAGCAGUUUGAGAAGGACUUCAACCUCAUUAUUGAUAACUGCAUGAAAUACAACUCAAAGGACACCUAUUUCCACCGGGCUGCUGUUCGCCUCCGAGACCAGGGCGGGGCCCUGCUCCGAAAGGCCCAGCGAGAUGUGGAGAAAAUCGGCUUCGAUACAGAAAGCGGCAUGCAUCUGCCAGAAGCUCCUGAAAUUAAAGCACCUCCAUCCUUUUCUUGGGAGGACGUGGACCGCCUUCUAGUGCCAGCCAAUCGGGAACAUCUGUCUCAGGACAAGCAGCUGCAGCAGCUACUGGAGAAGUUUGACCUGACCUGUGCCAUGAAGUCCAGUCCCUCCCGCAGCAAGCGCCUAAAGCUGCUCAAAAAGACCAUCAACGAUGUGCGCAAUGAAAUAAGCCUAAAGAGAGUCCUGCCCUCCCACCAUAACUGUUCUUCCUCCACAACUCCCUCCACAUCAGCAUCAUCUUCAUCAGCUGCCUUCCUCCCUGAACUGGGUAAACAUAAAGAAGAGACAGAGAAGCCCAAUGGACUUUUUCCAGACGAUGAGGGAGACAAGUCUCUUCCUCCUAAACUGGAGCUUUCAGACUCCAUCCCUCCCCUCAUCCACUCAGACGCAGACCCCGGGCCCCCCACCCUCAAACCAAUCGAUGACGCCCCGGACUGCCAAGACGAGACACACAGCAAGCGUGUCAAGUUUGACGGGGAAAUACCAGACCUGCUGUCCUCUACGCCGCGCCUCAACGGCUACUCCCACGACAGCCUCCAGAGCUCUCUGUUGGACGGAGAUGUGAGCGUGGUGGCCACGUCGACACUCGCUGAGCCCACGGGCAUGGUGAACCGCCGGACCGCCGUGCUCUUCCGCAAAUCGAAGACAGCCAGUUCCUACAAGCCCCCGAGGGUCGGGGACCAGGGGGCUGACGAAGUUAAAGAGGGCGAGGGGGAGGAGGAGGGGGAGGAGGAGGAGGGGGAGGAGGAUGAAGACGGCGCGCAGCUGGGCUCCAAAUCCUUCCUAUCAGUGGUCAUACCCAGGCUGGAGACGUUACUUCACAGCAAGAAGAGGAAGCACAGCGGCAGCAGAGACAGCGAGGAGGAGGGAGGAGAGGGAGAGCAUGAAGAGGAGGGAGAGGCUCCUGUGAAACGACUUGACACUGGCCUGUCGAGAGGUUUACUGGAGGUGGAAGAGGAGAAAGAGCUACAAGACUCGAGUAGAGCCAGCAGACCUGUGGAGCCACGAAGACGCUGUGCCUCCGAGUCCUCCAUCUCCUCAUGUAGCAGUCUGCCUGGAAGCACCAGGACAAUUCUCAGUCUUCCAAAAUGUGGGAAGGGGAAACCCGCCUUGGUCCGGAGAAACACUGUGGACGAUAAGAAUGAAUUAAUCGCCUGCAUUGAAACUGGGAACUUUGCUAAAGCUGCACGAAUCGCUGCCGAGGUUGGCAACAGCAAUAUUUGGAUGCCCGCUAGUGCUGCAACAGUUGCCUUGGAACCCCUAAAGCUAGUUUGGGCCAAAUGUAGUGGAUACCCUUCCUACCCUGCCUUGAUCAUCGACCCCCACAUGCCGCGUGUGGGCUGCCAGCACAACGGGGUGUCCAUCCCCAUGCCCCCCAUGGACGUGCUCCGCAUCGGAGAACAGAUGCAGUACAAGGCCGAAGAGAAACUCUACCUCGUCCUCUUCUUCGACAACAAGCGCAGCUGGCAGUGGCUUCCUAGAUCCAAGAUGGUUCCUCUGGGAAUGGAUAAGACCAUAGACAAAAUCAAAAUGAUGGAAGGACGCACAUCCAGCAUCCGCAAGGCUGUCCAGAUCGCCUUCAGCCGCGCCAUGAACCACCUGAGCAUAGUGCAGGACGAGCCAGUCAGCGACCUCAGUGACGUGGACUGAUGCCAUUCGUUGACUCCCCCCCACGCACACACACAUACACAAACACAAACACAAACUUGUACCUCGCCUGUACCAAAUCCCCCCCCCCCACCACCCCCCUCUCGGUCUCUGCAGGAGACUCAAAUGUUUACUGGGCACCUGCUGUAACAGGUGGUGUCUCUUCCUCAUCCAUUCCUACUCGCACACACACCUCCCAUGUGCCGAUGGGAUACGGCUGCUGCUGAUAUGAAUGUGUCUGAAUGUGUCCUCUCCACCUCCCAGGCUUGUAACUGUGCUUAGAGUCUGCUCUUUUGGUCCACCCGCUUCCCUCAACUGCGCCAGUCAAGACAUAUCAUUUUCGGUCAUUAUUUGAAGGCAAAAAAACCCAAACAUUAGCGAUUGGCCUUACCAAAUUUGUCUGUGGUGUCAGGACUUUGUGGUAAGACAAAAGAACUUUACGCCCACCGUUAAAUCUUGGCUGCAGCUGAUACGUUUUUCAACUCUGUCCUUUAUUUUGGCAGGUAGCCAUUCAUCUUUUUUGCCUACAUGAGGGCUUUGCAAUUGUAGCCAAAGCCUACGUUUAUGUCAAGAUCACAUUUAAGUACUGGUCAUCUCCAUUUACAAAUACCUUCCUUUGUAUUUAAACUGUAAAUAAUCUGUACAGUUGCCUGACACUAACUUAUUUUGUAGUUUUGACAUAAAUGAGUACUCUACAGGAGUUUUCUUAGUAUUUAUACUUGAUGCAUUCUUGCCACUUAAGAGUGAGUGCUAUUUUGACAGUGCUGUGUGAUAAAGAAGAAUAAAAAAAAAAGUGCUAAAGCCUUAGAAUUGAGGAGAUUAGGGCUAAGAUGUCAUGUAUGAAAUAAUUCCCUUUUUUCAUUUAUAAGUUAUUGAAGUUUAUAAUCGUAAGCUUCCAUUUGGCAUUAAUCCCUUUUGUAUUAAACAAAGUUUUCGUAUAUUUUUGUUCAUAUAUAUUUAUAUGAUUUGAAUACACAGUCUGUAAGUCUCUGAAGCUCAUACGAGCAGUCUGAUGUCGCAGACACAGAACGUAUAUAUUGUUCUCAAGAAACCAAAAAUGUUGCUACCCAGAAGUGUGUUACUGAUUAAUUUUUCUGUGUGAUGUGUGAAAGUGUUGCCAAAAAAAAAGACAAAAAAGUAAAUUGUAUUUUUUACAUGAUACAUUUGACUGUUACUUGGUUUUGCUGUAGAUGUAGAGAGAUGUGCCUGCAUUAACUUAUUGUAAAGUAUUUGCAUUACUUUAUAGUCAAGGAAAGACGUGCAAACUGAUUGUGGCAAAGUGGCACAUUUUGUGCUGGAUACUUCCCUCUUUUUUAAGUAACCUUUUCUAACUUUUUUUUGUAGUUGUAGACUUCAAGACAUUUCAUUUUAUAUUAUUGCCUAUUUUAUUUCUGGGUAGCAUUGGGUAGUUUUUGGUUUUUUCAUUUUGUACUUAACUGUAGUAGUUUUUUUAAUCAGAUCAUUUAAAAUAUUGCUUGUAGCAAAGCAAAAAAUAAAAGAUACAAAUAUGAA